AUGUUUACGACGAAAUUACUCAAGGAGAUGACCGGCGAGUCGCCGGCGUUCCGUGCCUCCACGACGUCGUCCUCGGCGACGCCGGUGCCGGGGCAGGGACACGGCCAGCUGCGCCGCUCCUCCCCGCCCAAGCGCCCCGCGGGGCGCACCAAGUUCCACGAGACCCGCCACCCGGUGUUCCGCGGCGUGCGCCGCCGGGGGCGCGCGGGGCGGUGGGUGUGCGAGGUCCGCGUGCCGGGCCGCCGCGGCUGCAGGCUCUGGCUCGGCACGUUCGACGCCCCCGAGGCGGCGGCCCGCGCGCACGACGCCGCCAUGCUCGCACUCCGCGGCCGCGCCGCGUGCCUCAACUUCGCCGACUCCGCCUGGCUGCUCGCCGUGCCCCCGCCGGCCACGCUCCGCAGCGCCCGCGACGUCCAGCACGCCGUCGCGCAGGCUCUGGAGGACUUCCAGCAGCGCGAGUCCGUGGCGCCACUCGCCGCCGAGGACGCCAUGUCUGCCACGUCCGAGCCGUCCGCCACGAGCGACGACGACGCCGUCACCAGCAGCAGCACGAGCGACGUCGACGUCGACGACGAGGAGGCUUCCCCGUUCGAGCUGGACGUGCUGAGCGACAUGGGCUGGAGCUUGUACUACGCGAGCUUAGCGGAGGGCCUCCUCAUGGAGCCGCCGGCUUCCGGCGCAUCGUCCGACGACGACGACGGCGACGGCGACUCAUGUGAGAUCGCUGACGUGUCUCUGUGGAGCUACUAAGCAGGCACGCUUCAUUCGUGUACAUAAAAAUGGUGACCUAACAGCAGCUGAGCAUGUACGGCCUUGUAUAUAGGAGUUGUUUUUUGUUGAUGGCUGAACAUUUACUGAUUUUCCUGCCUCUGGAAUCUAUGAUUCCUGGGUGUGGUUUACUCAUUUCUUCAUGUUUUGGAUGAUUGGGAGUGAAAUAAAAAAAAUGCCAUGCAUAGUCAAAGAGUAGGGAAUACCAAAUUAAAUAUUGUAAGAGAACUUUGUUUGUGUGCCGCUAGAUUUCAUUAACA